CGGGAGGACCCGAGAGCCGGUUUGGUUGUCGAAGUUUGGGCCCUGCUGUCCGCCCUGGCAACAUCUUGGGGAACUAGAUUCCUACAGGUCCGAUUCCGCUAGCCCAAACAGACGAAGCCGGCGCUCGCGCCUGCUUUUAGGCCUAGGAACCGAUGCCGGCCGCGUCCUGGAGCCCCCGUAGCGGGGCGGGACCAUGAGCCUGCUGGGCGGCCUAGUCCCCUUGCCGCGGGCCCCUCCUGCGUACAGCAAGGCCAGGAUGAAAAGGCUCCCGAAGAAGAGCCAGAACGAGAAGUACCGGCUGAAGUACCUGCGGCUGCGCAGAGCAGCCAAGGCCACGGUGUUUGAAAAUGCUGCCAUUUGUGAUGAAAUUGCUCGUCUUGAGGAAAAAUUUCUUAAAGCAAAAGAAGAAAGAAGGUACUUGCUAAAGAAGCUCCUCCAGCUUCAGGCUCUAACUGAAGGGGAAGUACAGGCUGCAGCUCCUUCCCACAGCUCCAGUUUGCCCCUGACUUACAGUGUGGCCAGCUCUGUGGGAACUGUACAGGGAGCUGGGCCCAUUUCUGGGCCCAGCACUGGGGCUGAGGAACCAUUUGGGAAGAAAGCCAAGAAGGAGAAAAAAGAAAAAGGCAAAGAGAACAACAAACUGGAAGUUCUGAAGAAAACAUCCAAGAAAAAGAAAAUGGAGGGAGGUGCUCGCAAGCUGGUUCAGCCCAUUGCCCUGGAUCCCUCAGGACGGCCUGUGUUCCCCAUCGGACUAGGGGGUCUAACAGUAUAUAGCCUGGGGGAGAUCAUCACCGACCGACCUGGCUUCCAUGAUGAGAGUGCCAUCUACCCUGUGGGCUACUGCAGUACUCGAAUAUAUGCCAGCAUGAAGUACCCAGACCAAAAGUGUCUGUACACCUGUCAGAUCAAGGAUGGUGGUGUACAGCCUCAGUUUGAAAUUGUUCCUGAAGAUGAUCCCCAGAAUGCCAUUGUCAGCUCUUCUGCAGAUGCUUGUCAUGCAGAACUGCUCAAGAUCAUAAGUGCUACUGUGGGGAAGCUAAUGCCUAACCUACUUCCAUCUGGAGCUGACUUUUUUGGGUUUUCUCAUCCAGCCAUCCACAACCUGAUCCAGAGUUGUCCAGGAGCUCAAAAAUGUAUCAAUUACCAGUGGGUGAAAUUUGAUGUGUGCAAACCUGGAGAUGGGAAGAUUCACCAGGGACUGCCAGAGAAUGACGCAGCUAUAAGCUUUGAAGCCUUUCAGAGACAGAUGUUUGAUGAAGCUCAUAAUGAUCCCAUUCUGCCAGGAUCCUUGGACCUCCCAGAGCUUCAGCCUGCAGCCUAUGUGUCUUCUUACCAGUCCAUGUUCCUGACACAUGAACCCUUGGUAGAUACUCACCUGCAGCACUUGAAGUCUCCAUCACAGUGUAGCCCAAUUCAGUCUUCAGAUUAAACAAGAAGGGAUCAGAUUCCACAUCAUUUUCAUCAUCAUGAAAUUUUUAACUUAAACUAAAACUUAGAAUAUUUGGAAGAAGGCAACAAAUUCAAGAGUAAAGAAGAUAUUAAUGCAUUUCACCACGGAGGUCACCAUGGUGACAGUUUACCCUGGGAAAAACUUCAGCACUUUAUUUUUAGUAAUAAAUUUCUCUUGACAGGUCUGCUUAUUUUCAUCUUUUAUAAUCAGGUAUGAUCUUUUCUGCGUAGCUCUGCCUGAGGUAGAGUAAACUUCAGUCGGGAAGUUUGAAUUAAAGAGAGCUGGUGUCUUAGUCCAUUUGGGCUGCUAUAACAAAAUACCAUAGACUAAGUAGCUUAUAAAAACUGGAAGUUUAUUUCUCACAGUUCUGGAGGCUGGGAACUCCAAGCUCAAGGCUCCAGCAGAUGUGUGUCCUUCCACCAUGUGAGGACACAGCAAGAAGGAGGCAGUCUGUAAACCGGGAAGUGAGUUUAUAAACUGCCUUCUCUCUGUAUCCUCACAUGGUGGGAGGAGCAAGGGACUUAUCUGGGGUCCCUUUUGUAGGGCACUAAUCCUAUUCAUGAGGGCAGAGCCCCUCCCAAAGUCCUACCUCCUAGUACCAUCACUAACUCCUAGUUAAAUCCUAGGAGUUAGGAUUUAACUUAUGAAUUUUGAGGGGACAUAAACAUUGACUCUAUAGCAGCUGCUGACUCCUGAGGGAGACAGUAAGAUUCUGAUAACCUUCUACUCUUGAUUCUGAUCAUAGUUCAAGGAGUGUCAAGUGCAUAGCCCCAGCAGCCUGUGAUAUUUACAUGAAAAUAAAGUCCUUUGCUUAUACUCAAACUGAGUCCAAGGUACACUGUUAAUCUUUUUCUUCACAUUUUGCACAUCCUUUAAGGGGAUCAAAAAAUCCUCUUUAACCAGUUCUGUAUCCCCUCGCUUCCUUACUGGAAAAUGUGCUUUAUUAGCUCAAUACAUUGAAACUACGUAGUAACACAAAUUCAGACACAACAUAAUUGGGAUUAGUUCCUGUCCUCCAUAACAUACUCACCUGUUAUUUCAUUAACCAUGUAACAACAUAACUCCGCAUUCUGUGCAACUGAGUUAAGUGGACCCUGCUUAUGGCAUUAAGGUGGAAGUUUACUAGAUCAGUACAACUCCACACCAUCUUGUGUGGAUGACUUAGCCACCCAUCCACCACGUACUCCAGCCCUGGCUGGAAUGGGAGGGGACAAAGGGACCAGAAGGAAAAGAAUGGGGAAGAAGUGGUGAGAAUUGAAUUGCUAAUGUGUUACAACUCAUAGCUGCCAACUGAGGACAACACAAAUAGGGAUUAGCAUAUUCUUAAAGUAAGAAACCUGACCAGCAAACGGAGGAGAUCGGAUGGAGUGUUUACAGCACACCACACUGGCCACUAUAAACUAUCAGAAACUAACUGGCAUUAGUUUUGUGAUUCUUAAUUAUAGUUUUAUAAGCUAGUAUAACUUUUACAAUGUAAAAGAAACAAUCUAAUAAAAUUUGGAUAAUAGCAAAUUGGGGGUAGGCAGGGAAUUACUCAGCUGUUAAUGUUUCAGUGGGUUUGUUUUUAUGGUAUAAAUUGAGCAUAAUUUUGCACUUAUACGGAAACAUGCUGCUUUCAUCAUAUAACAAAUAUCUUUACAUUCUAUUAUAGCCUGAG